AUGACCAAGAAGAGGAGGAACACCGGGCGCACCAAGAAGGGCCGCGGCCAUGUGCAGCCCACCCGCCGCACCAACUGCGCCCUCUGCGUGCCCAUGGACAAGGCCACCAAGAAGUUCGUCAUCCGCAACAUCGUGGAAGCCACGGCCGUCAGAGACAUCUCCGAGGCCAGUGUUUUCGACUCUUCUGUGCUGCCCAAACUGUAUGUGAAACUGCAUUACUGUGUGAGCUGCGCGAUCCACAGCAAGUUCCUGAAAUUUGACUUCACGGUAUCAUCGGAUUCUGAAGCACACAACUCUUUCAGCUUUGGGGGUACCAAGAAGUCAUCCUAUAAAAUUUCAGUCUCACUGACUCCGACAAGAAACAAAUCGCCCUACCUGCGGCCCACAUAUGAGCACCAGAUGGCCCCCUGUGCCCGAACCGCUCCCCACCUCCGCUUGCAAGCGAGUGACCUCACACAUACAUCUUCAAAAGUCGCUAUCUGA